CCAGGCGCGUGCGGGCAGCAGCGGCGGCAGCCCGGCCCCGGCCCCGCAGCGGCCGCAGCCCCGCCCCGCAGCCCCGGCCGCGCCCCGCCGGCGAGGACAGCCCGCGACGCGGCCCCGCGCGGCCACAGACAGCGGCGGCGUCUCCGCAGAGCGGUUCAACUUUAACCCCGUCAUGUCCCUCGGCAGAGACAUGGAGCUGGAGCACUUUGAUGAGCGGGACAAGGCGCAGAGGUACAGCAGAGGGUCGCGGGUGAACGGGCUGCCCAGCCCCACGCACAGCGCCCACUGCAGCUUUUACCGAACCCGCACGCUGCAGACCCUCAGCUCGGAGAAGAAGGCCAAGAAAGUGCGCUUCUACCGGAACGGAGACCGGUACUUCAAAGGGAUCGUGUACGCCAUCUCCCCGGACCGCUUCCGCUCCUUCGAGGCCCUGCUGGCCGACCUGACCCGAACUCUGUCGGAUAACGUGAACUUGCCCCAGGGAGUGAGAACGAUCUACACCAUCGAUGGGCUCAAGAAGAUUUCCGGCCUGGACCAACUGGUGGAAGGGGAGAGUUAUGUGUGUGGCUCAAUAGAGCCCUUCAAGAAACUGGAGUACACCAAGAACGUGAACCCCAACUGGUCGGUGAACGUCAAGACCACCUCGGCUUCCCGGGCAGUGUCCUCGCUGGCCACGGCCAAAGGGAGCCCCUCGGAGGUGCGGGAGAACAAGGAUUUCAUCCGGCCCAAGCUGGUCACCAUCAUCAGGAGUGGGGUGAAGCCGAGGAAAGCCGUGAGGAUUCUGCUGAACAAGAAGACCGCCCACUCCUUUGAGCAGGUUCUCACUGACAUCACCGACGCCAUCAAGCUGGACUCGGGGGUGGUGAAGCGUCUGUACACCCUGGACGGGAAGCAGGUGGUGUGCCUUCAAGACUUCUUCGGAGAUGAUGACAUUUUUAUUGCAUGCGGACCGGAGAAGUUCCGUUACCAGGAUGAUUUCUUGCUAGAUGAAAGUGAAUGUCGAGUGGUGAAGUCCACUUCUUACACCAAAAUAGCGUCGUCAUCCCGCAGGAGCACCACUAAGAGUCCAGCACCCUCAAGGCGCAGCAAGUCCCCCGCCUCAACCAGCUCAGUUAAUGGAACCCCUGGUAGCCAGCUCUCCACUCCACGCUCAGGCAAGUCGCCAAGCCCAUCACCCACCAGCCCGGGAAGCCUGCGGAAGCAGAAGAGCGCUCCGCAUGGCGGCUCCUCCACUUCGCUUGCGUCCACCAAAGUGUGCAGCUCGAUGGACGAGAACGAUGGGCCAGGAGAAGGCGAAGUGUCGGAGGAAGGCUUCCAGAUUCCAGCCACAAUAACAGAACGAUACAAAGUUGGAAGGACAAUAGGAGAUGGAAAUUUUGCUGUCGUCAAGGAAUGUAUAGAAAGGUCAACUGCUAGGGAGUAUGCUCUGAAAAUCAUCAAGAAAAGCAAAUGUCGAGGCAAAGAGCACAUGAUCCAGAAUGAGGUGUCUAUUUUAAGAAGAGUGAAGCACCCCAAUAUUGUUCUUUUGAUCGAAGAGAUGGACAUGCCCACUGAACUGUAUCUUGUCAUGGAAUUAGUAAAGGGCGGAGACCUCUUUGAUGCCAUCACUUCCACUAACAAAUACACCGAGCGAGACGCCAGUGGGAUGCUGUACAACCUGGCCAGCGCCAUCAAAUACCUGCACAGCCUGAACGUCGUCCACCGCGACAUCAAGCCGGAGAACCUGCUGGUGUACGAACACCAGGAUGGCAGCAAAUCCCUGAAGCUGGGUGACUUUGGACUGGCCACCAUUGUAGACGGACCCCUGUAUACAGUCUGUGGCACCCCGACAUACGUGGCUCCAGAAAUCAUUGCAGAGACUGGAUACGGCCUCAAGGUGGACAUCUGGGCCGCCGGUGUCAUCACGUACAUCCUGCUGUGCGGUUUCCCUCCGUUCCGUGGAAGUGGAGAUGACCAGGAGGUGCUUUUUGAUCAGAUUUUGAUGGGGCAAGUGGACUUCCCUUCUCCAUACUGGGAUAAUGUUUCUGAUUCUGCGAAGGAACUCAUCACCAUGAUGCUGCUGGUGGAUGUCGAUCAGCGAUUUUCCGCCGUGCAGGUCCUGGAGCACCCCUGGGUUAAUGAUGAUGGUCUCCCAGAAAACGAACAUCAGCUGUCAGUAGCUGGGAAGAUAAAGAAGCAUUUCAACACAGGCCCCAAGCCAAAUAGCACAGCAGCCGGAGUUUCUGUCAUAGCACUGGACCACGGUUUUACCAUCAAGAGAUCAGGGUCUUUGGACUACUACCAGCAACCAGGAAUGUAUUGGAUAAGACCACCGCUCUUGAUAAGGAGAGGCAGGUUUUCCGACGAAGACGCCACCAGGAUGUGAGGAGCCGGUACAAGGCGCAGGCAGCUCCCGCCGAACUCAACUCGGAAUCGGAAGACUACUCCCCGAGCUCGUCCGAGACUGUUCGCUCCCCAAACUCGCCCUUUUAAUGAGACCCUUUUACUCCAAGUCCUAGCUUGACCCUUUGAGACUCUUGAGAUUUUUUUUUUCCAAAAGUUAUGUAAAAACGGUUUCCUCUGAUCUAUCCAGCACUCCAUGCUUGAAUGGCAGGACAGAAAGUGUGUCUUCUGGUUACCUUUGUAAGGAAUUCCCUUUGCUGAAUGAAAUGAGGACGGGUUGUUUGGAAAGAUGGCAACUUGCAGCUGAUAAGGUCCUCAAAGGGUUAAGGCUCAUUUGCAACUUUUUAAAAACAUAGAAGCAAUGAAAUGUUUUCAUCAGUCAAGCUAGGAUUUGCAGUAUGUAAUAUAGCACGUUAACCCUCUGAGUGCACAGGAUUUUAUGGAGAACCCUGGGGGAAUUUUUCGGGCCUUUGGAUGUAUACACACAGGUUUCUUGACUUUGCUAAACAUCAAGAGGUGUUACUAGAUGCUGAGGUGUCCAGACACAAAGGGCACAGAGAAUGCUAUCUUGCUCAUCCUCUUCUGUGGGUUUAGAACAUGGCAGGUUUAUAAUGUAAGAGUAAGUGCAGCACCUCUUUCUUCUUCACAGUCCUACUGAGGUGGGUUUUUUCAUUAGAGGUUUGACCGUCUGCCGCCCUGAGUGGAGGGAACAGGGUCUGCAGCCGCAGCCUGACCCAGGAAAUAGGUGGUGCCCCCGGCCCAAACUGUCUCCAUACGAAGAUGUGCUGACGACGCCCCAGAAAUGCCGCUCCCAUAUCAGCUGCCGCCAGCACCAGCGCAGACCCUCAGGAAGUUCACCAUCCUGCGCCUUGUGCUUGGUGAGCGAGGGUCUGCCUGCGCAGUAUGAGACACCUACAGGGAAAAAAAAACAAAAACAAAAACAACUGGUGGAAAAGAGCAAUAAAUUGCCAGGUGCUCUACAGGGCUGGAAUGUGACACCGAAAGGAAACAAGAUCCUGUUCGUUCUCUCGCCUGCUUUUCAUGCACUGCAGUCUUCAGUGUGAAAUACACAUAAAGCAUGAACCGCGCCCGCCGGAGCAUCGGGGCUCAGGGGAGCUGGAGGCAAGGCUUUGCAAGGUGGCUGAGGAGAAAGCACAGUGGGAAAACUAUCCAGAAUGUUCUAGAAGGGGGUUUGAAGGAAAUAAACCACUGGAAAUAAUCCCAUGUGCACCUUUAGGUUAGCUACAUAGCGUCUCCUGGGAAGAACAGGAUGGGAGACUUGAAAGAUACCCCUGAGUUUAAAAUUUCCGUGCCCUAAGAUGACCUUUUUUGUACCACUGUUUCUAGCUGUCCAGAGGGAUGCGUUUUGCUCCCCAUGGGGCCAAGGCUUGUCUGAGAGCCGUAUUUUUACUCCUGUUACCAUAUCUCUCUCCCCAGCCCUGUGUUUCUGGUGGGUGUGUUGCAGAGCAUGGAAUGUGGCCUGAAUGGGGGCCUGUGGCCUCCUGUUUGUACCUGUGCUGCUUAGGCCAGCCACAGUGUCUCAGAGGCAGGGGCCCAGCUCAAAUGACCUCCUGAGGUUUGCUCAGCUCUGUGACCCAGACAGACAGUGAGGUCUCAUGAGAUUUGCAUCCGGAUGGCCAAACGGUACUUCUUGUGCUUCGAGUACAUGUCAAUACCCUGCACAUCUUGAAAUUCGUGUUAUGACCUUUCUAGUCAGUUCUUUGCUUUCAAAUAUACAUCGGUCUUCAAUUGCUGUUUGUCACUCUUCAAGUCAUAAACUAUGGUCUGUAUUAAUAUAGGUUCUAAAAUCACAGCAUGUCAUGAUUUUUUGCAACAGUCCCCCAGAUUUUUUGCUCUCCCACGUUUAGGUUAGAUAAAACUUCAGUCUGCGUUGUCCUGACAUGUAACCAGUAGAUCACUUAAGGUAAGGGUUUUCCCCUUUUAGAGAGUCCUAAAAUAACAUACAACAUGGCAAAGUAGCACAGAUCACAUGGGAUUUUAGGGGGUGGAGGAGAGCAGGCCAGGAAGGGUGUGGGUGUGUCAGUAGAUCCCACAUGAGUAAAGCACCCUGAACUGGGCAGAAAUGACAGCCUUCUCUAGAAUUAUAAAGUAAAGCCCUAUUCCAAGGAGGACAAAGAAAUGACUAUAUAGCUUGGCCUCGGCUCCAAACGUCUGGCUGUAAAGAAUCCUGUGAGCAAAGGCCCACCUGUAGUGUGCUGUCACCUUCCUUUUCUUCUCUGAGUAACUUUUUCCCAUGGGCAUUACAUGUAUUGCUAUAGCCUCUAGUGUGCAGAACUCACAAUGCACAGCUCAGUCCUUCUUGUUUCCAAGUCUUGGGGGACUGUGGACUGUGUGAAACUGAAGAAUUUUUCCCAGCACAGUGCGGAGGGGCAGCUUGGAAGAAUACAGGGCCCAUUGAGCAUGGAGACCCCAGCGCAUCCCUGUAGAAUCUGAGGGAUCUAUGCUGAAUCAACAGUGGAAUGUGACCUGUCAAGUAGAAAUAUUGAGUACUCAGAUGGAAUGCAGUCUCCGGCAUGAAGCUAUUGAGAUCCUGAGCGACAGCGAUGUACUCAGAGGGUUAACAGACAAGCACAGGGCAUGCUGAUUCCGUCCGUGUAUCCAGACUGCUUUGCUUUUAGCCAGUACUUCCGAAUUUUGGUUUUUUUCAUGACAUUCUUGGAAUAGUUCACAUCUGACAUAAUUAAGUGGUGGUGUUCUUUAAGGAAUUUCUAUAACCAAAUCGAUCUUAUUUUUUAUUUCACUUUAUCAUAGAAGACAUAUGUACCAUUAUGGCAGUGUAUCUCUGUACUUAAAAUUGAAUCAUUGCCACGGGUGUUUCCAUAUUUUUUUUCUGGGUAUUUAAUAUAGCUUUUAUGGUGAUGGCCUGGUGACAGGGACUGUCUCUCCUUUACUGACACAUGACCAACCCCAUGGUAUUUUCAAGGGAAUUUUAAGGUUCAUCUUUUUGGUUCGGUAGUAGACUAGUUAACAGGAACUCAUUCACUAUCUCUGUACGUGAGAACUGUUCAUAUCGAUGAACGCGUUUUUUUCUCACCAUCGUAGCAGAAGUCAUUUUAUUCGUCCUAAUCAAUGAAUAUGUGAUUUGCUCCAGAUCAUUAGAAGGAAAAGUGAGACUUUGGUCAUUGAAAAUGUUUUUACUGUAGCCCUCAUAUGACUUACAUGUGGUGCAUAUUAAAAUAAGCAGAGAAAAAAGAUACGAAUAAACUCCUGAAAAGGUUUGGUGUCUUGUAUUCAGUGAGACGUUCCUGCAAUGCUCAGCAUCCCCCCUGGGGGGUGUGGUUAACAGGCCCGUCAGAUAUUGUUGAAAGAAAGCAAUAUAUCCAUGAAUGUAGGCUAAAAUUGCAAUCCUUUACCCCUUGCAGCAUAUUUCAGUCAGAAAUAAAGAAGUAAAACUGGCUUAGCUUAGAGGGUCACAGUGGUACCGUAGUAUGAGCAAAGCACAAGCACCUAUUAAGUCCUGGUUGGUUGUUAGCCAGCGGGGCCCGCUGGACAAUUCUACCCUCCUUGCCAAAGCGCCACUGUGCUUGGGGACCUUGCUUGGUAUUAUUGUGUCACCUGCUAGCCCUUCUCCCGGUAAGGAUCUGUCAGCAUUUCCAUGAUCAACUUCUGUUUUCAAAGGUUUUAUAUUUGACCAUAAAACGGUGCCCCAGGCUGAAGCUCCUCACAGAAUGAAGGUUCACUUCUUCUCUCUGCCCAGUUUUCCCAAGAAAAGGACAACCAGAAAAAUCUGGUACAUCCCUUUCUUCCUUGCAAUUUUGGAAUUUUGGAAAGCACCGAGAUCCAGCAUAGUAUUUUUCAUGUAAUUCUUCAUUCGGAUGUGAGUUAAAAAAAAAAAAAUUGAGUCACCUGGCAUAUAUUGUAGAUAACAUCUUUUCUAUAAUUUGUAAAUCAUUUAUUAUUAAACUGCUACAUGAUUUUAUUUUGUCCCAUCAAAGAGUUUAAAAAACUUGAAGUUGGUCAGCUCAAAGGUCAGCCUUUCCUGCCUGGUGUCUGCCGUUUCCAUUGGGAGUUUGGGGAAAAUACUCUCAGACCCUUGCUUUGCGUGUAGUGAUAGAGGGUCAGAUACAUGCUUCUUUUGCAGAUAGGGGUUUAUGGGUUUCUUUAUUUAAUCAUCAAGUUCCACAGAGCCAUUCUAGACUGUUUGGGGAAAAUAGUGAUUAAAAGCACUUCCAAAAUUAAUAUUUUUGUCAAUUCAGGUAUGAAAUGAGUGUAAAUUAACACACACUUCUUUUUGUUUAAAGGCAAAUAAAUCAACAGAACUUGAGGACACACGAAACAUUCAAUCAUUGCAAAUAUGCUUUUUAAAUGGUCUCACUGGUGCUUAUACGUGAAACAGUAACAACUGGGGUCCCUAGGACUGUCAGAAGGAAUCUUUAACUUGUGUGUAAUUACGUACUUGAAGAGGAGGUGCUUUUAAGCUAGGCUUUUAUUUUUUAAUCAUCUCAAAUAUGCAGCCAUCCCUCUAGUAACAUUAAGGGUUGCAGACAAGGGGGAAACAGAAUAUUCAAUGCAGAAGCUUAGAAGAUGCUUCAUGUUGGGAUGUUUUUUCCCAUUGGGUUUUUUUGUUCUUGUUUUGGGACUUCAACACAAGAUGUGGUGAUCACUUUUCAGUGAGCGUGCUUCUAACUGGCAGGUGUUUUGAUCACGAGGUUUGCAGUAUCUUGCCUUGGAGACAAAUAUGAGAUCUAGUAUCAUUCUUUUUCCCUAAAUGAACAGCAAGCUCUACAAUUAAACCACACCUGUAAAUUUCCUCAACAUUCCUCUUUGGCCAACUGAAGUGAGACCCUGACCCUUAGUGUUGCUUUAAUGUAAAAUUGUAUAUUUUUGUCUGUGAUAUACUUUAUUAAUUUAAAGUAAAUAAUAGUUCUAAAAGGCUUCACUGUCGGUAUUAAGGGAAGGUAGGAUUUUAAAAGUGAUGAUAAAGAUGCUAUCAUGUCAAUUCAUUCCAGUCCAAUCAAAUGUGGUAAGAAAAAGACCUUGAGUAGUUCUCCAGGGACAAUUUCUCACUUGCCAUUGACAUUAAUCUUUGAUGUAUUCUCAGAAAAAAAUAAAAAGAAAUUGAAACUGGUCCAAGGUUAGAGUCAUAUCCUUGAUAACUAUUUUUUAAAUUUUAUUAGGAAAUUAAUAAUAGCUUUUUUCAUUCUAGCUGAAAGAAAAUUAUUAAGGGAUUAGUUGAGUGUGAAAUUAAAUAGUAUUUUGCUCAUGCAUAUUAAAAAGAUGGACUAGGAACUUGGGCAUUUAAACAAGUUUCUGAAAGGUUUCAAUUUGGUGCGAGAAAAAAAAUCAGUGUUUCCUUUGAAAACACUGAAUUUAUCAAUUGCUGCAUGGAUCAGAUGGCAUAGGUUAAUCUGUGAUUUUCAGAACCUUAAUGAAAUAAAUUCCAAACGAUUUGUAUCCAUGAUUAAAGCUGGAAUGAGAUCCAAUUUUUUUCCUAAUCUCCCAGUUUAAGCUAAUAAAUGUAGGUUAAUGUGGAAUGAAAUCAUCUGUGAUAUAUUAUGUUCAUUUAUCAACUGAGCUUUUUUGAUGUUGCCUGUUUUUAUGUAAAACAUGUUCUUAAAGUUAAUAAAAUAAUAGUACUUGG